CUCUCUCUCUCUCUCACACACACACACACACACACACACACACACACACACACACACACACACACACACACACACACACACAUACACACGCCCCCCGCCAACACCAUGUCCGACCACCAAUACAAGUUCAACGUCAGCAUGAGCUGCGGCGGUUGCUCCGGUGCCGUGGAACGAGUCCUGAAGAAGCUCGAGGGUGUCAAGUCCUUCGACGUCAACCUGGAAUCUCAAACCGCAAACGUCGUCACCGAACCUUCUGUGCCCUACGAUACCGUGCUGGCUACGAUCAAGAAGACUGGAAAGACGGUCAACAGUGGAGAGGCUGAUGGUCAGACUAUGAGUGUCUGAGAAAGAAAAGAAAAUGAAAGAGUAAAAUCAGGAGAAUCACAUGGAGCCCAAGGGUGGCCUUGGGGAGGUGACGAAGCUUUCGUCCGAAGGGGGCAGUGUGUUAUGCAUGCAUAUAUUGAAAGAAUUGGAAGAGGGGCUACUGCUUUGGGUAGUGUUGCGAGAUACCCUGAUACCCCUGACCUGCUGCUGCUGCUGUCUGCAUGGUUGUAUAUAGCGCAUCUAAUUGAUUACGUUCG